UUUUGGAUCCCUUCUUUCAUCUUCUUGGACACAGCGUUUCUUUUAUCUACUCCCUUGUACCCUCUGCGUUCUGCAGCAUCUCUGCGUCCGGCAACAUCUUGUUGCCGUCAUGGUGGCCUACUGACCAAUGCCUAGGGAAGCCAUGGCGAUGACCGAGUUACUCAUCCUCUUGUUACUUUCCAUCUCCACCUCAGCGGCGUUGACUACCGAUGGCCUAGCUCUCCUCGCUUUUAAAUCGGCCGUCUCCGACGAUCCUACCCGCGCUCUCGCUGCCUGGAUCGAAUUCGAUGACAACCCUUGCUCCUGGACCGGGGUCACCUGCCAUCUUGGCCGAGUUGUUGCCCUCGCCCUCCCUGACCGGGAACUUGCUGGCUACCUCCCUUCCGAGCUAUCCCUCCUUUCUGAACUCCAGUACCUUUCCCUCCCUGGUAAUAGUCUUUCCGGCACCCUUCCUGUCACACUCUCCGUCUUCCGUGGCCUCACUGAUCUCGACCUGUCGCGAAACAACCUCUCCGGCGCUAUCCCCUCCGAGAUCGGCCUGUUGACCUCCCUUACCCACCUCGACCUCUCCUCCAACCUCCUCACCGGUCCCCUGCCACCGCCCAUCGCCGCUCUCCCUCAUCUUUCAGGGGUAUUAAAUCUCUCCUUCAACCAUCUCUCUGGCCCGAUUCCCCUUGCUUUUGGCAGCAUACCUGUAGACGUGAGCCUCGACCUCCGCCAGAACAACCUCUCCGGCGAGAUCCCACAGGUCGCGCCUCUCCUGAGCCAGGGCCCCACCGCCUUCUCCGGGAACCCUGGCCUCUGCGGUUUUCCGCUUAAGAACGCCUGCCCUGCCCCUAAACAGGUUCCUAAGAUUCCGAAGGCAAACCCUAGCCUCAAUAUGCACCCAAGUGAUGGCACCUUACGCCCUAUCGCUUCGGAGAAGCGGAAAAGUCCAGCUAGUACUGUAGCAAUCCUAGCCGUUGUCCUUCUUAUCGCCCUCGCCGCGAUAUUCGUCCUGCAGUGGAAGCUACGAAGGCGUCGCUACGCUGGGGUAGGCAAAGAGCCUAGUAACCAAAAGAGUUCCUCUCCUGGAUUCAGUGCUUCUGUGACUGGUGGGUCGGUGACGGGUGAGCGGCGUGAGGGGCACGUGUCGGAGCUGUACGCUGCUGUUGACGAGAGGUUCGGUUUGGAGCUGGAGGAGCUACUCCGGUCUUCGGCGUACGUGGUUGGAAAGGGCCGCAGCGGGAUCGUAUACAAGGUGGUUGUGGGGCGUGAGUGCUCCGCCGUCGCAGUACGCCGCCUCAGUGAAAAUGAGGAUAGUGACGGCCCCAGCAGCGGAGAUGAGUGGCGACGACGUCGGGCCUUUGAGUCAGAGGCAAUCGCCAUUGGCCGGGCCAAGCAUCCCAACGUGGUCCGUCUCGUCGCUUACUACUACGCUCCCGAGGAGCGACUUCUCAUCUACGAGUACAUCCCCAAUGGCUCCCUCCACGCCGCUCUGCACGGUGGACACCUAAAUCCGACGGCUCCGACGCUUCCAUGGGCGACGAGGCUCAGCGUACUGCAAGGGGCAGCUCGGGGUUUAGCUUAUCUCCACGAAUUUAACCCCCGCAAGCACGCCCACGGAAGCAUCUCAUCUAACAAAAUCCUCCUUGAUGACAAUUUGCGGCCGCACAUCUCUGGAUUCGGCCUCGCUCGGCUCGUUGCUGCUGGCUCGCAAGAGAAGCUGGCCUAUUCGUCCAAGAUUGUGGCGUCGCCCAGGGCUGCGGCGGGGUACACGCCACCGGAGAUGUGGGGUGCGACAGGCGCGUCCACGCCGACCCAGAAGGGGGACGUGUACUCUUUCGGUGUGGUGGCGCUGGAGGCGGUGACGGGGCGAGCGGCGGAUGCUGAACUGGAAGGGUGGGUACGGCAGGCUUUUAGGGAGGAGAGGCCUCUAUCGGAGGUGGUGGAUCCUGCGCUGCUGCACGAGGUGCACGCCAAGCCGGAGGUGCUCGCCGUGUUCCAUAUCGCCCUCAGGUGCACGGAGGCCGACUCCGAGCUGCGACCCAGGAUGCGCGCGGUAGCUGAAAACCUCGACCGGAUUAGUUCAUCAUCCCAGCGAACUGUGUUUGAGCCAAGCCGUUGACCGUGAACGAAUUGGUUGUUUUAAUGAACAUUUUUGCCCCUUUUACCUCCAUUUGGCUUCUUAGGCACUCGGGCUCGGGUGAUGUUUUCUAAUGUGACAUGGAUCCCUGGUCCAUCCAUAUCAGAAAUCGUUAAUUUAGCUAGGACAUUAAUUUCACAUCUAAUUUGUUCCGGCAUUAUGCUGGUCAUUUAAAAUUA